CUUUCUUCAAUCCAUACAUGAUGCCUGGAUUUUGAAGCAUAAAAAUUGUGUAAUUAGACUGACCAGAAAGGAUGCCUGGAGAAAGUGAAGAGAAUGAAAUCACCAUGGGAUUGGGAUUCCCAUCCAGUGGAGUUGAAGCCACGAGAUGGAGGCUUACAGGGCUGGAUUGUCUGCUUUGCCAGCUUCCUCUGCAAUGGAAUCAUCUUUGGCCUGAUGAACUCCUAUGGGGUCAUAUAUGUGCAGCUCAAGGAGACCCUGGAGGCUGAGCAAGUCAACAAUGCUUCUGCUGAGGCCUCUUUGGUGGGCUCAAUGGCAAUAGGAACCACCUUCAUGACUUCUGUGGCUGCUGGGAUCUUGAGUGACUGGUGGGAUCUGAGGAAGACAGCCAUAGCAGGAGCCAUCAUUGCCUCUCUUGGCAUGUUUCUGAGCUCCUUUGUGUAUCGAAAAGUGGGCUUCCUGUGCACAACUUAUGGCUUAUUGUUUGGAGUGGGGUCAUCUCUGGUGUACACUCCCUCACUGGUGAUCCUGAAUCAUUAUUUCUCUCGUCGACGGGGAAUGGUAAACGGGCUGGUGUCUGCAGGGAGCUCUGUUUUUACCAUCUUGAUGCCUUUUCUCCUGGGAAAUGCCAUCAGUGGCCUAGGAUUAGCCAAUACCUUCCGCCUCCUUUCUGGCUUCACCCUCAUCAUGGUGCUGUGCAGCACAUUCUUUCGGCCACAACUUGGACGGUGCAGAUCAAUGCAGGAAGAUGCCAGAGGACUGAGGAUGUGGUUCCGCACUGGAAUAUGGCGUGAUGUACGCUUCAUCAUCUGGAUUGUUUCCAUGCCCUUGGGACUUUUGGGAUAUUUUGUUCCCUAUGUUCAUCUGGUUCAGUAUGUGAAGGACACAAUCCCUGAUGCAGAUGGGAAAUGGCUGAUGCUUUGCAUUGGCAUCACCUCUGGGAUGGGCAAGAUUGUCUUUGGCAAGAUCUCUGACAUCCCCUGGGUCAAUCGUGUCAUCCUUCAACAGGUUUCAUUUGUGGCCCUGGGCAUGCUGACCAUGGUGAUUCCAUUUGUGGCAUCAUUCCCAGCCUUGAUCUGCAUUGCUUUGGUAUUUGGAUUGUUUGAUGGAGGCCUCAUCAGCUUGUUGGGGCCUAUUGCAUAUGACAUCUGCGGACCAGAUGGAGUUUCUCAGGGGAUCGGUUCAGUCCUUGCGCUCUGCUCCAUACCUCUCAUGGUUGGACCCCCUAUAGCUGGUGCCUUAUAUGAGAUGUCGGGAUCGUAUGAGAUGGCAUUCCUUGUGGCAGGUGGGCCACCCUUAAUUGGAGCUCUUGGUCUGGGUCUGAUUCAGUGCAUCAAGCAGAAGCCCACACUGCGAGCUUCCCAAACGGCUGAGACAACCAUCUCUGCCCUUGAUGACCCCUUGUAUGCCCUUGACAUCAGGGACUUGGGACCGCUUUCCACCCAGGUCCAGCAAAUGCUUCCCUGAAACCAAACAAAACAUGUGAUAAAUUGAUUUCAUUUUCAGAAUCUUGGGGGUGUGGUGCUCUGUCAUGGUACUUUUGAUAAUGACAUUAAUAUCUUUAUCAGUAUGCAUAAAUCUAACUCUUUGAGUGAAUAAAUAAAUUUCACUGUGUUUAUUUUGAGGAACCCAUC